UUGGAACACACCGGUGGAGAGACUCCAGCGCGUUGCAUUGUGGGAGCCGCUGAUUGGCGCAUUUCCGCUGUCAUUGUGCGCGAGAGACGGUAAAUAACACUGAAGCUCAACUCUAAACACUCUUUAAACACAAUUCCACUAAGUUUCAGGUGAGUGUGUGUCAGGAUGGCCCGUACGAAGCAAACCGCGCGUAAGUCGACUGGAGGAAAAGCUCCUCGUAAGCAGCUGGCGACUAAAGCGGCCCGUAAGAGCGCCCCGUCCACCGGAGGAGUGAAGAAGCCCCAUCGCUACAGGCCCGGGACCGUGGCUCUGCGUGAGAUCCGCCGCUACCAGAAGUCCACGGAGCUGCUGAUCCGCAAACUCCCCUUCCAGCGUCUGGUGCGAGAGAUCGCGCAGGACUUCAAGACCGACUUACGCUUCCAGAGCGCCGCCAUCGGAGCGCUGCAGGAGGCCAGCGAGGCGUAUCUGGUGGGUCUGUUUGAGGACACUAACCUGUGUGCCAUCCAUGCCAAGCGUGUGACCAUCAUGCCCAAAGACAUCCAGCUGGCACGCCGCAUCCGUGGAGAACGAGCCUAAACACCCUCUCUCUCUUCUCUCUCUCUCUCUCU